GAUUUAGGGUUUGAGAUUAUGCAUAGUAUAAAUACCAAUUAUUGAAGGUUAAACCUUUCUCCAUCUCCGCUCAACACUUCAUACACUCUUCUCUUCACUCUUCGUCACCGAUUCCUCAGAAAUUCAUUCCAAUGGCUGUUACCUUCUCAGAUCUACACACAGAGGAAGGUCUCAAAUCCCUCAAUGAAUUCCUCUCUGGAAAAACCUAUAUUUCUGGGGAUCAAUUGACAAAGGAUGAUAUCAAAGUGUAUGGAGCUGUUACUGAAAAGCCAAGUGGUUCUUUUCCUAAUGCUGCUACUUGGUAUGAUGCUGUUUCUUCAAAGCUUGCUGCAAGUUUCCCUGGAAAAGCUCAAGGUGUGAAAUUCACUGGAAGUGCUGCUUCAGCUGCUGCAGCACCUGCUCAAGCGGCUGCACCAGCUGCUGAAGAAGAUGAUGAUGAUCUUGACCUCUUUGGUGAUGAAACAGAAGAGGAUAAGAAGGCAGCAGAGGAAAGAGAGGCUUCUAAGAAGCCCGCCAAGAAGAAAGAAAGUGGUAAAUCUUCCAUUCUGCUCGAUGUUAAGCCUUGGGAUGACGAGACUGACAUGAAGAAGCUCGAAGAGGCUGUUCGCAGUGUUGAGAUUGAAGGUUUAACCUGGGGAGCAUCUAAGUUGGUUGCUGUCGGAUACGGAAUCAAGAAGUUGCAGAUCAUGUUGACCAUUAUCGACGAUCUUGUAUCUGUGGACGACCUCAUUGAAGAAAAACUCACCGUUGAGCCAAUUAACGAGUAUGUCCAGAGUUGCGACAUUGUUGCAUUCAACAAAAUUUAAAUGGCCAUUUUGAAGCGGCUAAUCAGACUGUUAUUUUCUAUUUUGUGAUAGUUUUCCUCCCCUCCCCCUCUACUCUUUUUGUUUUGUCUUUCAUGUUUCGGUGGUGGUUUUGUUACAAGAAUUGUAUGGAGUGAGUGAAAGAGAUAAGAGAUAUUUUAUGGCAAUUUAAUGUUAUUCAUGUCAAACACCA